GAGCAGCCAGCAGUGCAAUUGUUAGAUCCUCGGACUACUAAAACAUCUAUAUCAAUAAUUCAUCCUCGGAGAGUCCGAGUCCGGGACGUCGUACUUGGGCCGUCGUACUCGGAACCGAGUAGAUGUCCGAGACACUAUCGAUAAGCCAUAUCGACGGCUAUCACCAUAAGAAAUCGCCUUUUAGUCCCGAAUCUUGAUGUUGUGGGCACGAAGUUCGCGUUAGAAAUGUGGUGUCACUCCUUUGGAUAUGACAUGUGUCUCAUAAAGGACACUGAAAACAUCAUCCGAUACGAAGUCUCCACGAUGGAUAUAUUAGACCCGUUCGCCGCCGUUCUAUCGGCCUAUCCCUCGCAUAACUAUUAAAUACGACGUACCCUACGUGUCUGUUUCUCUAGACUAUUAUGUCAACAUCAACCCCUAAAAUCGCCAUCAUAGGCGCGGGACCCGUAGGUCUCACGCUUGCCGCCAUUCUACAUCAUAAAGGGACCAAAUAUACCAUCUUUGAGCGUGAAACCAGUGCUACAGUCCGUGCUCAAGGCGGUACUUUGGACAUUCAUGCCGAGACAGGUCAGCGCGCCCUUGCUGCUGCCGGCUUACUGCCCGCGUUCAAGAAGAUAUCACGCCCCGAGGGUGAAGCUAUGCGUGUCGUGAAGAAGGACGGUACCGUACUUCUCGACGAGAACGAACAGCAACAGCAACAGCAGGAUUCAAAGGAUUUACAGAAUGGACAAGGAGAGGAAGAUGGCCGCGGACGCCCGGAGAUCGAUCGCAGGGACCUCAAGGAUUUACUCAUCGCGGCCUUACCCGAGAGUACUAUUCGUUGGGGUAAGGGUAUUUCGUCCGCAAAGCCGGUUCCCGGCACGCAACAGUGGAUGUUAGAAUUCAUCGAAAGCGAUAGCAACACUGAAAACUCAGAAUCUGGGCCGUACGAUCUCGUGCUCGGCGCCGACGGCGCAUGGUCCCGCAUUCGACCUCUACUCACCGACGCCAGGCCACUGUAUUCGGGUGUAACAGCAUUAGACGUAUGGAUUUCGCCGGAACAGCUAGCGGCACGACCCGACGUAGCUGCAUUCAUCGGUCAGGGAUCGUGCAUGAUGCUUUCCGAAGACAGAUUUCUAUCACUACAGCAACACAGCGAUGGCAGUGCGAGGGCUUACGCGAUGGUGCGGACGAAUAAGGAGAUUGGCGGGGAGGUCCUUGAUGCGAAAGCGCUUCUCGGACUCAAGGAUGACGAAGAGGUGGAUUGGACUGAUGGGAAGACAAGGAAAAGAUACUUGGAUAGAUAUUUCGGCGAUUAUAUACAGGAGGCCCGCAACGCGGUCCUAGCUAUGACGGAGCAGCCGGCUCUACGGCCGUUAUACAUGCUACCCGUGGGCCACCGGUGGGAACCUCGUCCCGGAGUAUCGCUGCUAGGCGAUGCGGCGCACGUGAUGACACCGUUUGCCGGUGUAGGCGUUAACGUGGGUAUGAUGGAUGCGUUGGAGCUAGCGGAGGGGAUCGUGACGUACGUUAAGCAGCAAGAAGGAAAGGGGGAUCUAGCGCAGAUGCUGAGGAAGUACGAGGAGGGCAUGUUCGAGCGCUCGCAGAAGGACGCCGCGUUUACGGCCAGUAUGAUGGAUAUCGAGUUCAGCGAGGAUGGGGCCGAGAAGGUGGUUGAGGUCAUGACUGGUGGUGGGCCGUCUGCUUAAGGGAAUGGUAUUCCGCCGCGCGUAUUGUAUAUCGUCUGGGGUAUCGAGAAUCGGAAAACUGUAUGGGCUGCUAACUAUACAAAGGUCACUUAGGUAGAUUAAGUAGGUAGGUAGGUAUCUAAUAUCCUAGAGCGUCUCCUAUAUAUUAAA